AUGUAUCAGCAAUUAUAUGCUUCAUUGAUUAUAAUUCUUUGUAUUUGUGGUCAAUGUCAAUCAGAACAAUCAUUUGGAAUUGAUUUUGAUAGAAAUACAUUUGUAAAAGAUGGAAAACCAUUUCAAUAUAUUAGUGGAUUAAAUGCUAUUCAAACAUAUGUCUUUUGGGAUCAACACGAACUAGUUGAAGGUGUCUAUAAUUUCGAUGAUACUAAUGAUCUUGUGGCAUUUCUUCAAUUAGCACAAAAGAUUGGUUUUGUUGUUAUUUUGCGUGUAGGACCGUAA